AUUGGUCGCAAGACCAAUACAUGGCGAUGAAACAUUAGCCUCAAUACUUAUCAAUAACAUGUCGCCCGUUGUAUACAGGUCUAUUAAUUAAAUCAACUAGGCAUGUCAAAUCCCCGAUAAUGAAGAUAUAGAUUUUUUUUGUCUUCUUUUUAACGAAAGACGCCUAAAGUAAAAUAAUACAAGGGAAUCUGAGCCGGCGUCCAUUGUGAAUUUGGAUUUAAUUUAGGGGUUUUAAGAUAAUUCGUGUCACGAGAGUUCAUCGUAUAAAAUUUUUAUGGAUGCUCUGUGUCUGCGCGACCGUUGAGAAACGUAUUUUAUUCGGACCAUUUAUUAUGAUUUCAUGCCAUUGCCUUAUGGCCUGUGGUUGAUUUUUUGGCACCGACAUAAAAAAAAUGGCUCUCUUCUAUCAGGACUGUUAUUUUUAGAUAGGAAAUGUCAACAUUGCACACCCAUGUUUUGCACCGUAACAUGGGGAAAAACAAGUGCUCAAUGAAAUCCGAUCGUGAUUGUUCUCUUUGGAUUUGUCUUUUCAAAUAUUGAAAAAAAAAAUAGUGAAAAAAAGGAUAAAACUAUUGGGAUAAGACCAAAAUGGCUAAUAUUGACUUUGAGGAUGAUUUUGUGUGGCAAUAUAGAAUUCCUGAUUUUGAUUCACUCAGUCUUGGGCAAAUAUCUUACAACUCUGAUGAAUUGGAGACGCCAAGAAACUGUACAAUGUCACAAAUGCAUCGCAAGAUUCCUAAAUUGCAUCAGGAUUUCGAACACUGGAAUAAAGAUAUUGCGAAACAAGUGGACCAUUGGAUGAAAAACAAGCCAGUUCAAAGUAGUGGGUUUCUUAGUUCCCUAACGACUCAAAAAGUCCCCUUUGCUAGUAAUUCGCAAAUUGUGAAGAGGAAGAGAGUGCAGAAGAAAAGGUUCAGAAUUAAAGACAUUGAUGACGCCGUGACGUCAAAGACGUCAACAGCACGAGGUUCUGAGUCAGAUUAUUCCGUGGAGAGUGACACGUUUCGUAGCAGACGAUCAUACAAUGUGCGUCCAUCUAGAGCGAGGUCAUUGUCGUCUGACAAAAAUGACGCAUCUGUCUUUGGAAGCAUUCAUAAUGAAAUCGAAUUCAAAAAACGAUACCGCCGAAUGUUUGACCUUAACAAACACCUUCAGUUCGUGAACUCUACGAACGGACUUAUGGGAAAACAAAUCUCCAAAAAGACGCAUCAUCUUCCGCCAAUGACCUUGAAACCCGAAAAGAAACCACAGAAACUAGAGUGCUCGGAGCUAUUUGCAAUCACAACAGUGCAACAAUCAAAUGAUCCGAAUGAUGUGAGUACGCCGUCGACUCAAAAUAUCUUCCAGAGUGUCGAAACGUCUAACAUGACGGAUAGCGGAUUGGGACAGUCUCAACUAAGCUCUCGAGAAAUUAACACCACUUCCUGGAAAGACACUACAGACGACGAGGGACAUGCUAACUUCUCCUGGCGAAAUCAAAAUACUUUCAAACCAGAAGUCCUAAAAUUUGGAAAGUUACCAAAGAUUUCCAGCAGUAACACAAACAACAAUUCAAACAAAGACGAAUAUUCUAGUCCUGAACAUUUGGAUACCAAAUCAAUUACAAAACGAUUGAAUGAUUCUUUACAAAGAUGUGCAUCGUGGGUGUCGGAAUCGGAUUCAGUGAAUGGUGAAUACGCCGAACUAAGAGAGAUGAAAGUGACCAUAAACAUUAAGUAUAAGCCAGAUGGCAACAAGGGAAAGAAACCAAUGCACACCAAGUUAUCUAAAUCGGUCGAGGAUAUGUCUGUGAAUUUGACACCUUUUGACAGAGCUAAACAUCUGAAACACAUGGAUGAUGAUGAGAAAUGCCAUGCAUUGCUCAGUGAAUAGUAUCAAUUGUAGAUAGUUUUGAAAUUACAUUAAUAUAUUGUCAUUAUACGAGGAAAUACACAAACGUUAUGGAGGUAAUAGGAUUAUAAUGGCAAGGUUUACAUUGUCCUUGUCAACAUCACGGAUUUUAUUAUAUACACCACACAUAUUACAUUCCACUUUAAAUAUAUUUAUUAAAGAGCAAACAAGAAUAAUAAUAUAAACAGCUUUUUACAAUUUCAUAUUUCACAUAUUAUUUUAGUGAUUCUCAUUACUUGUUCAACUCGCUUUAAGUUGUUUUUAAAUAUCAUAUUGUACAUUGAAUUUAAAUGGAUUAAUAGCAAAAAGGGAAAUAAAAGUACGUAAAAAGGUUUGAAAAUAGAAGAUUUUUUAUCAACAUUUAUCACAGUCGUUUCCACAGAGUUACACAAUAUUAAUUAUGAAACAAAAAAUAACCAAUUUAAACCAUCGGAGUCAUUUCCGAAACAAAGUGUACUUUUUUAUCGUUUCCAUCUAUAACACAUAAUUUCCUUUAACAUUGACGUUGUUAUUCAUUUAUUGUUGUUCAGCUUUUACAGAAAUAAAAAUGUUGAAAGUAA